AUGGCCGACGAACUACAAAUAUCAAAUUCACCUUCAACAGGUGGCUGGAAAUCUGCCAUCUUCAUCAUUUUUGUGGAGGUGGGGGAGCGAUUUGCAUACUACGGAGUGAGCGGCAACCUGUUCAUGUACCUGACCAAGGUGCUGGGCCAGCCCACGGCCACCGCCGCCAAGAAUGUGAACACGUGGCAAGGCGUCUCCGCCAUGUUCCCGGUGGUGGGCGGCUUUCUGGCGGACUCUUACGUGGGCCGUUACAGGACCAUCCUUAUUGCCUCCGUCACCUACCUCGUUGGCCUGAUUUUGCUGACGGCGAGCGUGGUCGCAGUCCCUGAGCACCUCCGGCAGACGGUUUUCUUCAUAUCACUGUACGUUUUAUCGGUGGGAGAAGGCGGGCACAAGCCCUGCGUCCAGACCUUCGCGGCCGACCAAUUCGAGGAGAGGGAGAAGAGCUCCUUCUUCAAUUGGUGGUACGUGGGGAUCGUGGCCGGUGCCACGCUGGCAGUCCUGGUGGUUAUCUACGUGGAGGAUUACGUGGGUUGGGGCCUCGGCUUCGGGAUUCUGGCUGCGGUGGUUGCCGCCGCGUUGCUCCUAUUUCUGGCCGGAAGCGGGACUUACCGCCGCCAGGCACCCGUGGGGAGCCCCCUCACCCGGGUGGCCCAGGUUGUGGUUGCCGCUGCCCGAAAGCGGCGCUUGCCAGAGGGCUGUGGUGUAUUCGAGGAUGGAAGUGAGUCAAGUGACCGGCUUUUGGCUCGGACCAUCCACUUCAGGUUCUUAGACAAAGCCUCGUGGAUAGACGAAAAAGACGAGUCGAGCAACAGACGUGACCCGUGGAGGCUAUGCACGGCGACCCAAGUCGAGGAGGCGAAGCUAGUCUUCCAGCUCAUCCCCAUCUGGCUCAGCUGCCUCAUGUUUGCCGUCGUCAUAGCCCAGCUCGGCACCUACUUCACAAAACAAGGCACGAGCAUGAAACGGUCCAUCACCCGUACCUUUGAGCUCCCACCCGCCUCUUUCCAGGUCUUUACGGGCUUCACCAUCCUCACCUGCGUCCUGCUUUAUGAGCGGGCUUUCGUCCCCUUCGCCCGACGCCUCACAGGCCACCCGUCCGGGAUAACAAUCCUGCAGCGCAUUGGGGCUGGGCUGGCCCUCUCGGCCCUCACCAUGGCCGUGGCAGCAUGCGUGGAGUCGAGGCGCGUGGCAGCUGCAAACGAGAGCGGGCUGCUAGACAGCCCGAGAUCGGUGGUCCCCAUGGCCGCCUGGUGGUUGCUCCCGCAGUACGUGCUGCUGGGGGUGUCGGAUGUGUUUGCAGUGGUGGGGAUGCAAGAGCUGUUUUACGAGCAGAUGCCGGUCGGGAUGCGGAGUAUAGGGGCAGCCGCUUAUGUUACGGUUACGGGGGUCGGGAGUUUUUUGAGUACUGCAUUGAUUGCAGUGGUGCAGGGGAUUAGCGGGCAUGGGUGGCUGGGAGACAAUAUUAAUAGGGCGCGCGUGAACGACUUUUAUUGGCUUCUGGCUGGGAUGAGUGUGCUCAAUUUAUGUGGGUAUGUGUUUGUGGCCAGGAGGUUUGUGUAUAGUAAUAGGAGGAUUAAUGGGCUUCAUCAGACUAAGGUCUAG